ACUGAUCUGGGCUGACAUCCAAGAAUUUCUCUUUGUUGCUACGAGUCGCCUCUUAUGUCGUGUUUUGUGGCGUAGUUAGUGUCUGGGUGUGGUGGGAGCCAGAGCGACCUGCUCACCUCAGAAAAUAAUAUGAAAUCAAGUAACUGGAUUGGUGGGAGAUGCACUAUAUAAAUGCAACUCUAAAAAUCUGAGGAAGUGGACUGACAAUUUGGUGCUGUAUAUAUGGUGCCUUAUCAACUUUUGUGCAUUUGUGUUGAUGUGUUGAUAGAAAAGUGGCAGUGGCAGCAGCAGCACUUCAAGCCAUGGGGUCACUGUGGCAGGAUAAAGGAACCGUCACCUUUGAGGAAAAAUGGCCGGCAAUGCGACCGACCGUGUUGAAGCUUUUAAGACAGGAGUGUGUGAGCCGUGCCGAGUGGCAGGAUCUCUUUUGGGCUGUUCACAAAGUUUGCCUUUGGGAUGAGAAGGGUCCUCCAAAGGUUCAGAAGGCUUUACAAGAUGAUAUACUAGACUUCAUCACUCAUGCUCAGGCACGUGUGCUGGACCAGCACGAGGACCAGGCACUUUUGAAGGCAUAUAUCAGUGAAUGGCGGAAAUUCUUCCAACAAUGCAACUACCUUCCGCUGCCUUUCAACCAGCUGGAGUCCGCUCUGGCAGGCAAGACAACUACCUCAGUCUCCAAGAAGGUUCAGAAUGAUGACUCAAUAGUUAGAAAGUUAAUGCUGGAUAGUUGGAAUGCAAGCAUUUUCAGCAACAUUAAGCAGCGUUUGCAGGACUCGGCUAUGAAAUUAGUUCAUGCUGAAAGAAAUGGAGAAGCAUUUGACUCGCAGUUAGUCAUUGGUGUCAGAGAAUCCUAUGUUAAUCUUUGUUCAAAUUCUGGUGAUAAAUUACAAAUUUAUAGAGAAAAUUUUGAAAAGGCGUAUAUAGAAGCAACUAAAGCAUUUUACCGGGUCAAAGCACCGCAGUACCUAGAGGCCAAUGGUGUACAAAACUACAUGAAAUAUGCAGAACUCAAGUUGAGAGAAGAAGAACAACGUGGAGAGAAGUACUUAGAAUCAUUUAGUGGAUCAUUACAGAAUUUAAACGAAUGUUGUGUUGAAGUGUUAGUUACGACCUUCCGUGAUACCAUCUUGGCCGAGUGUUCGCAGAUGAUCAAGAACAAUGAGACAGACAAAUUGCAACUUAUGUUCAAAUUGAUGGACCGUGUGCCGGAUGGAAUACAGCCCAUGCUGGAUGCACUAGAAGAGCAUAUUGUCUCGGCUGGCCUAGCAGACAUGGUGGCUGCUGCUGACACUAUAACUCAAGACUCUGAACAGUAUGUAGAAAAACUUCUAGACCUGUUUCAACGAUUUAGUAAAUUGGUAACGGAAGCAUUUAACGAAGAUCCACGGUUCCUUACGGCGAGAGACAAGGCCUAUAAACAGGUUGUCAAUGAUACACAAGUCUUCAAAUUAGAAUUACCAAGUAAAACGAAAGGAAUUGGCAACAAGACCCAGCCUGAAUCCAAGUGUCCAGAGCUACUGGCGAACUACUGUGAUAUGCUGCUCAGAAAGACUCCGCUCAGCAAAAAGCUCACCGCAGAUGAGAUUGAGAGCAAGUUAAAAGAUGUGUUGCUGGUGCUAAAGUAUGUGAGCAACAAGGAUGUCUUCAUGCGGUACCAUAAGGCUCAUCUUACUCGUCGCCUCAUUCUGGACACCUCUGCAGACUCGGAGAAGGAGGAAAAUAUGGUGGAAUGGCUACGAGAGGUUGGCAUGCCUGCAGACUAUGUCAACAAGCUGGCAAGAAUGUUUCAAGAUAUCAAAGUAUCAGAAGAUCUCAAUCAACAGUUCAAGGAGACUAUUAGAACGACUACCAAGUCUAGUGUAGCAGAUAAUUUGAAUAUAAAAAUAUUAAAUGCGGGAGCAUGGGCAAGAGGAAGUGAUCGAGUAGCAGUAAGCUUACCCAUGGAGCUGGAGGACUUCAUCCCUGAGGUUGAAGACUUCUACCGCAAGAAGCACUCGGGUCGCAAACUUCAAUGGCAUCAUCACAUGUCCAAUGGCACAAUAACAUUUUCGAACAACAUGGGAAGAUUUGACCUGGAUGUCACAACGUUCCAAAUGGCUGUUAUGUUCGCAUGGAAUCAACGGACACAUGACAAGAUUUCUUUUGACAACCUUCGGCUUGCGACCGAGUUGCCAGAUCCUGAAUUGCGACGGACACUAUGGUCUUUGGUAGCAUUUCCCAAAAUGAAGCGUCAAGUUCUCAGUAUGUCUGGGGAGGUGACCUCACCAAAAGAAUUCACAGAAAACACACUCUUCUGGGUUAACCAGGAAUUUGCCCCUAUUAAAAAUGGGAAGCCUCAGAAACGGGGGAAAGUUAACCUCAUUGGGCGACUGCAACUUAGUACAGAGAAGAGUAAAGAGGAGGACAACGAGGGCAUCGUGCAGUUGAGAAUACUUCGCACCCAGGAGGCAAUAGUGAAGAUACUGAAAAUGAGGAAGAGGAUCUCUAAUGCACAGCUGCAGACAGAGCUGGUGGAGAUGCUCAAAAACAUGUUCCUACCUAGUAAGAAACUAAUUAAGGAGCAACUUGAAUGGCUCAUUGAACACAAGUACAUGAAACGUGAUGAUGAUAAUAUCAACAUAUUCAUAUACAUGGCUUAGCCGGAAAAUAAUAGUAAUAAGAAGCCAUAUCAGAGGAAAACCGUCUACGAGUGCAACCUCCCGGCACAUCUUGCAGCUGUACAUAUAUCCGAGUCUCUUGUGGCCAAGUGGUUGUUGCAAUGGCUGCUGCCUGCUUACUGUCUGGUGGCUGUUACUGUAUAAAUAAUAGUUUAUUAAGAGUCUUCAUCCUUCUUGGCCAGAUAGUUAAAUAUUUGUUUCUUCUAUCAAGCAAGCAGCAAGUCGUGGGGUUCGUGAGUAUUGUGUGGCUUGUACAGGCAUGGGCUGACAGUCGAGACAGUAACACGAGCCAAGUUCAGGAGUGCUGCCGUUUGCUCGACUAGUAACAGAUCAACAUUUAAAAGGAAUACAAUGAAUAUUUACCAAAAUAUUUUGUUAAUGUUUUAUUGCCAUGAAUUUCCCAGUUCAGGCAUUCUAAGACCAGAUAGCUAAACAACUUUAUUUCUGUUUUCCACACAAAAGUAUAGGAUUUCCAAACCUAUCUAACUCAAAUAUAAGCUUGGAAACGUCCUACUUUAAGAUGCUCUGAUAGUCAAGAUGAGUUAAGUACUUGUUAUUCUGCCAGAUUAACUGAGCCUUGAAACUGUUAGAUAUGAGAGAUAAUAUCAGUUCGUGUUAUCAUGAGAUACAGUUUGUUUGAAGAAAAGAGAUUUUCCUUGGAGAUGCAGGUUUAUCAGUCAGUUUUAGUACUUACUACUUUUAAUAAUUAACUGAAUUGUUAUAUUUAUUUAAUUAUUACAAUUCACAUGACUUGAAGUCUCUUCGGCUGAGGUUCAUGAAGCAUGUGAAUGAACCAGGGCAAAGGUAUGGGACAAAAGCUCAAUCAAAAUGGCAGCCGACUUCAUUGUGAUUGCCAGCUCUGCAUACACAUGACUAUUGAGCCCUCACUUGUGCUUGCAGCAUUCUGCAGGUCCUCAGGUAGCUCAGAGAUUAAUACAGUGUGUGGCUAACUUGUGAUACAAAUACAUAUAUAUUCUGUAAAUAAAGUAAAUCUUAAUAUUAAAGGUAGUAUUUCCGAGCUGGGUUGUAUUGUUUUUACUGUGAAGAUCCUAGUUGUUGCUUUUUUGUAAUUUGCAAAAUAAUACUUUUUAUAGUAUCCUUUUUUUGUUUUUUAUCAAGGCAAUGUGCUGAAUUGCUAUUGAAACUAAAUUAUAAUGAAAGCCAAAAAAGUGCAUGGUGAAUGUAUUAAAUACCUGUAUGAAAUAACAUGACGUAUAAGGUAUUAAGACCAACUCUCCAGACAGAGAGACUCACUCUACCCUGCCUCACUGUUCAAGAACCCAUGUUAAUAGGUUUAUCUUGUCUCAUGCCAGACGUUACAAGUCAUUCUUCUCAUGAAUUUAUCAUUUUUGUGUAUAAUGAAGAUGGUGUAUAUAGCAAGUGCAAAAUAAAAACGUGCUGGUGGUACAGCGUGCUGUAGCAGUGGCGAGAUGGUGAUUAAUGGUUUGUGGAUUACUAGCUUGCAUUUAUUGCCAGUGUUUGUGUUUCCUGGGCAAGCAUUAUGAUGUAAACACUGGUCUUCAUCUAGUGCCUCACGCAUGCUUUACAAAUUCUUGUUAGAUAUACAGUAUAUAAAAUAUUCAUUGAUGUUUUAAUGCCAAAAGCAUUUUUAUUUAUAUUACAAAAUUUCAUUGAUAAAUAGAUUUAAAUUAUAAUGCAUAGUUACAUGGAUAAAUGCUUGUCAAGAAGUUCCAUUUUGACUUAAUUGUUAUUCUUGUAUAUAAUUGACAUAUAAGAAGUUUAAUUAUGAUAUCUUUGUUAAUGUAAAAAUUUCAAUUUACCUGUACAGAUGUACCAUCCAUCAAACAUUUCCCAAAGCAUUUAAACCUAUUUUAAAAUUUCUCAUGCUUUAAAAAUUUGCAUUCUGCCAAAUUGUUUAAGUGUUUGCCUUGAUUAGACAAGCUUCCUAAGACAAAGAUGAAAAAUGCAAACUAGCCAAGUAGUAGCCAUUGUCAUAUCACCAUGAAAAUCGCCUUAUAUGUGUCCUUGGCACACUCAUAAUGUACAUAUUAUUAUGAUAAAAUAUUACUAAUCUAUAAUAAUGUCACCUGUCCAGAAAGGCAAAAUAUUAUGAAAAUCAUAGUAAUUUUUACUGGUAUGUUAUGUGACAUGUUGAACAACCAGGAUGGGGCAGCAUCGUGUGUCCCUGUGUGGUCUCCAUACACACCCUUGUUUUGUCUCCUCAUUGUGAAUUAUCAUCUUGUAUCAAGUUACACUUUGUUGAGGUCACAGAUGUAGAUUGAUCGUGUAUGGUAUGGUAGAGUAGAAGUGUUAUUUUCAUUGGAGUGUGACUGAACAUGUUUUGUUUUAUGCAGAAGUCUUGAUAUGCUAGUCUUUUUGAUGAUAAUGAACUAAUUAUACCU